ACGUCACUGUAUAAAUGCUUUAUUAUCAUAAGGGACAUGUUUUAUAAUGAGCAAGCAACAAAUGAUGCCGUAAAAAGAAGCGUACCUUUUUACGUUGCAUCCCACCAUCACCAUAAGAAUGACGCUUUUAUCACUACAAGACAACCAUGGCAUUAUAAACAAAAAAACAUUUGUCCAGCCGGCUCUGCGUUUGUCAUGCUUCUAAAUAUUAAGACUACUCAGUUUUUAGUGUGUUGUUCAGGUACAGCCCAAUCCGCACGACCACAUGUCGUCACGAGUAUACUUCAGCCAAUGGGAUUGGAGCAGAGACGAACGGUGACGUCAGUGAAUGGAAGGAGCUAAGCUAGUCAUGAGCGUAGAUAUUUCUGUGACAUUUCAUAUCUAAGGUCUACAUUCAGCAACUAAGGAGUCGUUUUAAGAGGUCAGCAUCAUGGGUGAACCACAGCAGGUUAGUGCCCUGCCUCCUCCACCUAUGCAGUACAUCAAAGAGUACACCGAUGAAAACAUCCGCAAGGGUCUGGCUCCUAAGCCCCCUCCACCCAUCAGAGACAGCUACAUGAUGUUUGGCAACCAGUUCCAGUGCGAUGAACUCAUCAUCCGGCCGCUGGAGAGCCAGGGCAUUGAGAGGCUCCAUCCUAUGCAGUUUGACCACAAACGGGAGCUUAAGAAGCUCAACAUGUCCAUUCUUGUGAACUUUCUGGACCUGCUGGACAUCCUUAUCAAAAGCCCCGGCAGUAUCAAGCGUGAGGAGAAGCUGGAGGACUUGAAGCUUCUGUUUGUACACAUGCACCACCUGAUAAAUGAGUACAGGCCACAUCAAGCCAGGGAGACAUUGAGGGUGAUGAUGGAGGUGCAGAAGAGACAGAGGCUAGAGACAGCUGAGAGGUUCCAGAAACAUCUGGAGAGGGUGGUGGAGAUGAUCCAGGGGUGCCUUGCCUCGUUACCCGAUGACUUGCCACAGAUGGAGGGUUCGGAUGGCGUUGGCGAUGGGCCAAGGAUCGUGUCUGCAGGAUCUACUGUUGGUUCUUCUGGACAGGCCCCCCGGCUCAAAACAGAACCAAUGGAUGUAGAGGAGGCAGGUGCCAGCUGUAUGGCAGCAGGUCACCAGGACAAGAGCGUCCCUACGUUAAAGAGGGAAAAAAUGUUGGACAAGGAUGCUGCCAUGUGCAGUAUUAUUGAUGAAAUUGCUUAAGUUGAGUAGUUGUUUCUUUUUCUACACCUAAACUGUUUGUAUGCUGUAUGUACAUAGUAAGUAUGAAAAACGUUUGCUGUGUUUUCACUGGGCCUGAAAUCCUAUCUGGAGUUGGAUGCCGUUUUAUUUAACAACCAUUAUGUAGAUAUUAUUAACAGUCCCUGUGAAGGUAAACAUUAGACAGAUUAACUGGGGUUGCCAACUUUCCGUUUUUGUAAUAAAACCAAUAAAGACAUUUCCAAUUCCA